AUGUUUGCAGUUAGGCAACAAAAGGAGCUUCGCCUGACCCGGGAAGCCAUGCGCAAAUACCUCAAGGAACGCGGCGACAUGGUCAUGAUGAUCCUGCACGCCAAAAAUUAUUGCGCUGCCAAGACGCUGUUCAUCUCAGACUCUGACAAGCGGAAGCAUUUCAUGUUGUCCAUCAAGAUGUUUUACGGGUGUCGAGCGGACAUCGGGUUGUUCCACUCCAAACGCAUCAAGGUCAUCUCCAAGCCGUCCAAGAAGAAGCAGUCCCUCAAAAAUGCCGAUUUGUGCAUUGCAAGUGGAACCAAGGUGGCCCUCUUCAACCGGUUACGAUCCCAGACUGUGAGCACAAGGUACCUCCAUGUGGAAAAUGGCAACUUCCAUGCGAGUUCCACUCAGUGGGGUGCCUUUACCAUUCACUUGUUGGAUGACAACGAAUGCGAAUCUGAGGAAUUCACAGUGCGGGACGGCUACAUUCAUUACGGGAGCACUGUGAAGCUGGUGUGCUCUGUGACUGGCAUGGCCCUGCCGCGC